CAGGAGCCAAUCAUGAUGCAGUUGGGGGGUCCCGCCUGUAAACUGGGUGGGAAAUCCUCGUAACGCGAAAACAACGUGGCGCAGAUUGAUGACGCCAAAGCGCUCCUCAUCUGCUGUAAAAACAAUUAAACGACGCUGUGCGGGAGAUCAGCCAUCGGCACAGCCAUGAAUUGGAACAAAGGCGGUCCGGGUGUAAAGCGAGGCUUCGGCUUUGGGGGCUUUUCCCUCGCCAGCGGGAAGAAGGAGGAAGCCCCACUUCCCCAGAAAUCUCACGGGUCGUUCAGGCCGUCGGGAUCAAGCGUCGGCGGCAAUUAUGGGAAGAGCCAACUGCCGUCAUUCUACAAAAUCGGUACCAAAAGAGGAAACUUCGAUGAGGAGAAUGCAUACUUUGAGGACGACGAGGAGGAGUCCAGCAGCAACGUGGACCUGCCGUACAUCCCUGCGGAGAACUCACCCACGCGGCUGCAGAUGAAGUCCGGUGGUGGCUCGGACAGCGACGACGAUCCCCUCGAUGCCUUUAUGGCCGAGGUUGAGAACCAAGCGGCAAAGGACAUUAAGAAAAUCGAGGAAAAGUCUGCAAAGGGUGUUCGCGAUGACAUUGAAGAAGAAGAUGAACAAGAGGCCUACUUCCGCUAUAUGGCCGAGAACCCCACCGCCGGCCUGACGCAGGAGGAGGAGGAGGAGAAUGUGGACUAUGACAGCGACGGCAACCCCAUUGCCCCUGUCACCAAGAAAAUCAUCAUGCCCCUGCCUCCUAUCGACCACUCGGAGAUUGAUUACCCGCCUUUUGAGAAAAACUUCUACAAUGAGCACGAGGAGCUCAGCAGCUUGACCGGAACUCAGGUGGUCGAACUACGGCAAAAGCUCAACUUGCGAGUAUCUGGCGCUGCUCCUCCUAAACCGUGUACUAGCUUCGCCCACUUCAGCUUUGACGAGCAGCUGAUGCAUCAGAUCCGCAAGUCCGAGUACACUCAGCCCACUCCCAUCCAAUGCCAGGGCGUGCCCAUCGCUCUGUCGGGCCGAGACAUGAUCGGCAUCGCGAAAACUGGCAGCGGCAAAACAGCGGCGUUUAUCUGGCCCAUGCUGGUCCAUAUUAUGGACCAGAAGGAGCUGGAGCCCGGGGAUGGGCCCAUUGGUGUUAUCGUGUGUCCUACCAGGGAGCUCUGUCAGCAGAUCCACGCUGAAUGCAAGCGCUUUGGCAAAGCGUACUCUCUGCGCUCGGUGGCAGUCUACGGAGGAGGCAGCAUGUGGGAGCAAGCCAAAGCUCUGCAGGAAGGUGCAGAGAUUGUGGUGUGCACCCCGGGUCGUUUGAUCGACCACGUUAAAAAGAAGGCCACGUCCCUGCAGAGAGUAUCCUACCUUGUGUUUGAUGAAGCAGACCACAUGUUUGAUAUGGGCUUCGAGUAUCAAGUUCGAUCCAUCGCCAGCCACGUGCGUCCAGACAGACAGACGCUCCUGUUCAGCGCCACGUUCCGGAAGAAGAUCGAGAGGCUGGCCAGGGACAUUUUGAUGGAUCCCAUCCGAGUGGUGCAGGGAGACAUUGGAGAGGCCAACGAGGACGUGACGCAGGUGGUGGAGAUGCUGCCGAGCGGCACGGACAAAUGGAGCUGGCUGACACGGCGCCUGGUGGAGUUCACGUCGAGCGGCUCGGUGCUGAUCUUCGUCACGAAGAAGGCCAAUUCGGACGAGCUGGCCACAAACCUGAUGCAGGAGGGCUACAGCCUGGGCCUGCUCCACGGCGAUAUGGACCAGAGCGAGAGGAACAAGGUCAUCAGUGACUUCAAGAAGAAGAAUCUACCCGUCCUGGUGGCCACUGAUGUCGCCGCCCGCGGUCUGGACAUUCCAUCCAUCCGCACAGUGGUCAACUACGACGUGGCGCGGGACAUCGACACCCACACGCACCGCAUUGGCCGGACGGGUCGAGCUGGCGAGAAGGGCGUGGCCUACACCCUGCUGACCAGUAAGGACGCCAUCUUCGCUGGGGACCUGGUGCGCAAUCUGGAGGGCGCCAAUCAGAGCGUCUCCAAAGAAUUGAUGGACUUGGCCCUACAGAAUCCAUGGUUUCGAAAGUCCAGAUUCAAAGGUGGUAAAGGAAAGAAGCUGAACAUCGGUGGAGGAGGACUUGGUUACAGAGAGAGGCCAGGAUUGGGUGCAGAUACGUCUGAUCGCAGCACCAGCAGCGUGUUGUCUUCCUUGAGCGGCUACGAGGGUUUUAGCAAGCCCAGCAGCGGGGCCAUGGGAGACCGCAUCUCUGCGAUGAGACAAGCCUUCCAGGCUCAAUAUAAGAGUCACUUUGUGGCGGCGUCUGGCAACCCACCCAAGCUCAGCACAAAAUCCAACAGCUCAUCCGGCUGGACCAGCGCCGGCAGCUUAAGCUCGGUGCCCACCGAGUCACCCAACAGCGCCGAGCGGGCCCAGGCAGGCGCCGAGCGCGCCCAGGCCGUCGCCGCCUCUUUCGCCAUUCCGGGCUUCACCAGCGCCGGCUCUCUGAGCACCGUCCCUGCCGCGCAGAGCGGCGUCCCGACGCCCUCGCGGGAACGCGGCGAUCGCGAUCGUGAAAAGGAGCGCAGCAGCCGCCACAGUGACAGCCGUAACGGAGAUGAAAGCAGGCGGGAUAGAGAGGACAGGAGGAGCGAGAGGGACAGAGGAGAUGAUAGCUUCGCCGUACCCGAGCCGCCCAAACGUAGAAAGAGCAGGUGGGACAACUAACGGUUAAGACGUCCCAAACAAAUGCAGUCACUGUCCAAUCCCCUUCGAGCCCGCUUUGUCCACAGCGUCAAGCAAUAGUGCGGAACUUCAGGCCUAACAUUUAAGGGUGGGAGGGGGGUAUAAGUAAUGGUCACAAUAUACACCUCUGGGAGUGAAAAAAUAAUAAUAAUAAUAAUAAAAUUGUUUUGUCCAGUCCAUUUUCUGCAAAUAUUUGCUCAAAUUCACAAUAUCGCUGUUUGGAAUUUGGAUGGUCGGUUGUGAGUAAUUCAUAGAAUUAAACUAAAAAUAUUCAUAAACCUUUUUAAUAGCCAAAUUAGACUCCUAUUUGUGGCCACAAAUGGGUACAACAUGCCCAGAAAAUACAAAUUAUUAUUAUUGUUUGACAAUAGGGUAAGGAUGAGGAUGAAACGUCAUCUUCCUGUCCCCCCAUAACGCCCCCAUCCUAUUUUAGGGUCCCUCCGCACAGUACACUUUCUAAAGUUCGUGUUGCCCUUCACAGUGCUUACAAACUGGACUGAUGUUUUCUUCAUUUCUUGUUAAAACAAAGCUGUUAUUAAUAUCCAUAAAGCGCUCUGUGGUGAUAUCGAACACGCCGUUUCUUUUUCUCGUAUUUGAGUCGUAGUGAAGAAGUGCCUUCCCCCGGCAUGAGUCUCUUCUGUAUGGUUAUCAGUCGUUUUUUGUGUUCAUUCAUGCAAGAAAAUGUGAUGUUUUGAUUAUUAAAGUCUUUUGAAAGCA